GGAGAGUGGCUGGAGCUUACAUAGAAUGAAGAUCCAAGUAAACAACACUUGAAGAGUGGAGAGAAACUAAUCUGGACAUUUUUUCAAACUGAAGUUUAGCAACUUGGAGAAACCGAUGAAGAGUUCUUGCUAAUCCCUUCUGACUUGCAUGGUUGUGAGAAUGAAGUGACUCAGAAACGAGAACAGAACUGGAAGGAACUUGCACCAUUUCUGAUGCAAGGGCUGCAGUGUGCCAAUCUGCAGCGACUUUGAUAAAAAGCUCCUUCACAACAGCCCAUUGUAAUUCUCUUAAUGUACUGGAAUUAGUUGUCCACAUAACUCCAAAAUGCAAGAUCAAACACAAAAGGCUGGAGGAAAUUUGGAUAAAAGUACGUGUUACAGCUACUGAUGUCCUCUGUGAGACUUCAGGAUUAUUCCUUGAGCAAGAGACAGAAUAUGUUCCAGGAAGAUUUCAGGAACAUGACUGAAGGGACCAGGAACAGCAGUGACUCCUCUUCCGCCUUCGUUCACACCAGCACCGUGAGUGCCAUACUGGUCACUGUCUACUCAGUUGCCUUGGCUGGAGGUGGAAUUGGGUCCAUCACAAUGUCCUUUGUGCUGCUCAAGAUGAACACUCUGUCUGUGACCACGACUGCCAUCAUUAACCUGGUCGUUGUGCACAGCCUCCUCCUCUUCACGGUGCCCUUCCGCCUCCACUAUUAUGUCAAAAAGAAGUGGGUAUUUGAUAUGCCGUUUUGCAAAAUGGUGAGUGCCAUGGUGCACAUCCACAUGUACCUGACCUUCGUAUUUUAUGUGAUCACCCUGGUGAUCCGGUGGCUCAUCUUCUUUCAGUGGAAGGACAAGGUGGAGUUUUACAGGAAGCUGCACGCCAUUGGGGCGAGCGCUGCCGUGUGGCUCUUUGUCAUGGUCUUUGGGGUGCCACUCUUCUACUUCGAGUAUGGACGCUCAGGCUUAUACAAUAACACAACCUGCUUCAAGUUCCACAAAGAACUACAGCACGAGAGUGUGAAAGCCCUGAACUACACCGUAAUUGUAGCUGUUGCCCUCAUUUCUUGUGUACUCUUGAGCUUGCAGAUUUUUAUCCUGGUAAAAGUGGCGAGAAAAUUUUCCACCUCCCUCUGUUCACACCAAGAAUUCUGGGCCCAGGUGAAAAACUUGAUUUUUAUCUGGAUCAUCAUAAUUUGGUUCCUUCCCUAUCACCUGUUCAGAGCCUACUACAUACAGCAUGUGAGUGAUUUUGACCAGUUAGAAAGCUACAAUGAGGUUUUUUUGAGCCUGACUGCCCUGAGCUGUCUGGACCUGCUGUCAUUCGUGCUGAGUGGAAGCCGCUUCUUCAAGCAAAAUGUGGGGAUGCUCCACAGGAGGUUGCCUUGCUGCUAGCAUCAGCAUCCUGCAGCAUGUGCAGGACCUGGGAUAGGACAGUGAUGGACAGACACGGCAAACUCACUCCUCAGCAAGUGAGGGUGUGCUCUGGAAAUGGUGCAACACACUUGUACAGGGCUUUGCACAUCAGCUUCCUGAAGUAAUGGAACAAACUGCCUCCAAGGUCCCAGCUAGUAAACAGGAAGGUGACCUCAGCAAUUUCCUCAUGGUGCUACCCAGUGAGUUGUGGAUGGACCUGGAGAAGAGGGAAGAAAGGUUAUGGGCUCUUCUCUCUUACUGUUUUUACAUCAAGAUUCGUGAAGUCAAAGGCUCUAGGAGGAGACCUGAGAAUUGCAAUGUAGAAACACAAAUAAGGAAGCUGGUUUAUAUGGACUAAGGUACAGAUUUGUGAAACUUAAAGAUCUAUAUCAUUUUCCCAUACAUUUCAUAUUUAUUUCCCACAAGCUCUUAUAAAAUAUCAGGGAAGCUAUUGUUCUUCCUGAGUAGGUCUGUUUCUUUACUGUUAAGCGUCACUUUCUAAGUGAAUUGAACUACUAAACCAGCUAUUUAAAACUAAAUUAGUGAUAGAUAGUUAUUUCUUAAAAUAUUUUCUCAAAAUCACUUUUUAAGAUGGUACCACUGCAGCACAAAAGAAUAUUAUCUUUUUCAUAUUAUGAAAAUAUGUCUUAAAAAAUUAUACACUAUUACUGAAAUGGACAUUGCAAGUUCAAACAAAAACCUGUGUUAUUAUUCACAAAAUUUUUAAAUUAAAAGUAAUAUUUUAUAGUCAGGACAAGUUUUUUUAGAUCAUUCAGACAGAAUUUUUCUUCUCUUCAAAAGACAAAUAUCUUAGGUAUCCAAGGUAGCAAUGUUUUUUUUGUAAAUCUUAUGUUGAUUUUGUGCAUUUAUGAAGUUUAUAAGUAGUUACUCACAGUGUCUUUAGCUUGAAAGCAAUUCUAUAAAUUUUGUACCCUGCACUGAUGAAAGAAAUGAAAAUGUUGCUGCUUGGAUUGGAGGAAUGGAAAAAGCUAAUAGACCUAGUGUAGCUAAAAAGCAUAUUCUGUCUCAGUGAGGCAUUGCCAGUUGCUGUCUUUGAAGACAGAAAUAAAUUCCACUAAAAAAGAUGAAAAAUUUGGUAAAAUAUUUCUGUGAAAGACAUUGAAGCUUUCAUAGCUCAGCCGACUUAUACCUAUCCCUAAAAAAGAAUAUAAAUCUUGACUCCUCUAAUGCAAGCCAUCAAUGACUAAUAUAUCUUUAUUUUUCUUGCCAUCUGCAUAAGGUCACAUUUUUUCAUCCAGAGUUAGUGGGAUAAUAAUUUAAUCAUUUAACUAAUUAGAGGUUAUCAGCUGAUCAAUUUUCAUGAGAGUCUUUACUCAUGAUGCUGUUGAAAUCCACCUUUUCACCCCGUGAAUCUUUCCAUUCCUUUCUGCUUCACCUUCAACAUCUCUUGCACAUCAGACAGCAAUAAAAUAACAAUUGGUUGAUCUUGCUGUGCCUGUGCUGCUGUGCUCAUUGCUUUUAGUCCCACCAAGAUGUUUUUUUUUAAUGAGAUCCCAUCUCUUCUGUGGUCUUUCUACCUUGUCUUUCUUCCUUCUUUCUUCAAGGUCCUCUAUAUCUAUCAUGAUCUUUGAUCAUAAAAAGGUAUUUUCAGGUCAGAGUAUGAGUCAUGCUGUACAACACCAAAAGGUGGAAAUCACUGAAGUUCACAACACAAGUGAGGUGUUGGGCAGCUCUCAUGGCUCACCCUUGGCAAACAGCCUGGACACAUCUGUUAAGAAAGAAACGUGAGAGCUUGCAGUGUGUGUACCUGAGAAAAAUCUGUCCAAGAAGGCGUUUGUUCCCAAAGGAUCACAGUAAAAAGGAUGACAACUACCAGCCAGAUUCAACAGUAGCUGGGGAGCAACUUUCAAAACAUGGAGGGAAUCAACUUGGAUGUGUAGCUCACUACUAGUUAACUGUGUGUCAUUUAGAAAGCAAUAAACUGCUAUUAUCCAGAUUUGUUUUAAAGCUACACAAACAAAUUAUAUUCUCCUUGUGGUGGGAGAGGAUAGAAAUUGGCAUAACAUUUUUGUUUGCUCCUGUAGCAACGUGGUUGGUUAAAGAAAAUGCCUUGCGUGCAUUCUGUGGGCAUUGCAUAGCUUUGUAACAUCAUAUUAUAACCCUUCUACUAUAAUAAAGUUAUUAACAAACAAAAUGACUAUGUGCUGAAAAAGUAAAGUCCCUCCUAGAAAAAUGCACAUAAAUUAGAAGUAUUUUAUAUCUGCAUUUGGAAUGAAACAUAAAACAUUAUUUUAAAAACAGUACCUCCCAACUAUACAGACCAACAAAUCUUGUUAGUCCGUGUUAAAAUCACAAGUAAUUUAAUUCCUGUAAAAAUGCAAACUUUCAUAGUAGCCUGCACCAUAGCAUCACAAAAAAUAGUAAUGACUUUUUUCCCCCAAUAAAAUUUGUUGCUAAUGAUGUUAAUACUAAAUCAGCAUGAUAACAAGCUAAUUAGGAGGUCCAAUAAUCACAUGAUUUAAGAUGGUGAUGUUAUCCAGCACCAAGUCUUGCCUUUUAUGGGUCUGUCUAUGCAAACUUUAUGUCUACGCAAACUUUAUGUCUACCACUUGUCUUGCUUUGUGAGAGCCAGUGUCUGGCAGAGAAAGCCUUCCCCUGCCCUGAGAGAAUGAA